CACAGAUUUAUUGUCCUUCACUCGUCUUUAUAGAAAUUUCGACUCAGCCUAUUUUUUCCACAUAUCCCUUGAUCGAGACUGAUUGUCGUUAAAAUGUCCAAGUCUGCUGCUUUCUUUGAGGCCGUCAUCGCCCGACGAAGCUACUACAAUCUUACCAACAAGACUACUCUCAGCAACGCCCAGCUCCAGGAGAUCAUUGAGAAGUCCGUGAAGUAUGCUCCUACAUCUUUCAAUGGCCAGCAGUCUCGGGCAGUCCUUGUCUCUGGGUCCAAGCACAACGAGCUUUGGGACAAGAUUACUGAAACUCAUUUAAGGACUCUCAAGGGUGACAAGAGCCAGGAGGAAUUCUGGGCCAACAAGAUCAAGGACCAAUAUAGAGCCGGGUACGGUACUGUCAUCUUUUUCGAAGACCAGGACAUUGUCAAUGGCUUCUCAGCCAAGAUGCCCGCUUUUGCACAGGCUUUCCCUGUUUGGUCUGAGAACUCUGCAGGUAUCUUGCAGCACAUCGUCUGGACCGCUUUGGUGGCUGAGGGUCAUGGUGCUAGCUUGCAGCACUACGCCCAAUACUCUGCUGAGACUCAGGCCGCCAUUACCGAACUGGUGGAUGUUUCUCCCAACUGGAAGGUUACUGGCCUCCUCCCCUUCGGUAUCCCUUCCGGCCCCCCCGGUAAGGAGAAGGUUUACGAGCCUAUCGAGAAGCGCACCAAGUUCUUCUUUGACGAAUAAAUAAAGACAAGUAGUUGUAGAUUUUAGAACUAUAGAUACUAAAAAUGUAGCAAAUUGAAGCUAAAUGCCUCUUUCACCGUGAUAAUUGGCAGCGCUUCUGUACAUGUAUACAUGCACGGUGAGCGGAA